GUAAUGCUCACUUGUCAUUCUCUGACGUCGCCAUUUUGCCCAGGGGAUCCAAACUUGUAUCGCGAAAAGGAGAGAACUCUUCCAAGAAGCGCUGCCAACCUUCGUCUGAUUCCUUGCCGACCCCUUAUUGCCAACUUGCUUGCCGCAUGGGUAAACAACUGCAGCAGUUGUAGAUAUCGACUCGCGACCACGUUGAAGCGCAACGUUAAACGCGAAUAUGGAACGUCAUCCACUUUACGUGCCGGAGAAAACAGCGAGUUACACACAUACGUGGACGAGGAAUUGCGAGAAAUUUUUAAAUUCAAGGAUACCAAGAUCAGCAACUGGAUCGUAGAGAACAAGGCACGUGCGCUGUGCGUUAGAUAUACCGAGAGCAAUAAAGAUAAUCGCCAAUGGAUUUUACGUACGUUAGCUUCGCAGUAUGCUGUACAGCACAACGCGAUAUGCCAAGUGGCCAAGAGAUUAGUCUGCACUGAGCCUGAAAAUGAACGACAGAUGAUUGUCCAUGAGAGAACUUUGAAAGAUGUUCUUACACCUGCUUAUCAUUGGUUAUUCAUUAUUAUAGGAAGAUUGCAGCAUGGUGUCAAGUUCUUGGUUGACUUGAGAACUGAUGUUCUGGAACUAAUGUCAGAAGUGAAUGAUGCAAGUGAAAGUAUAGUAAUACAGCAACUAAAUCACACUCUGCGAGAUUUGCUUUUACUCUGGUUUUCUGUGGGUUUCUUACACAUGGAACGAAUAACUUGGGAAAGUGCGUGCGAUAUAUUGCAAAAAGUUUCUGAUUACGAGGCGAUACAUCCUAUGAGAAAUUGGUUGGAUUUGAAACGCAGAGUUGGACCAUAUAGAAGAUGUUACAUAUUUACACACCCAUCCAUGCCAAGAGAACCUAUUGUUGUGUUGCAUACAGCAUUAUGUGAUGUUAUACCAGAUAGUGUAAAGGGUAUUGACGAAGCUGAAACUAGAAUUUUGGGAAGCGCAAAGAAAUGUGUAACAUUUCUUGAGGAAGAUAAAUCGAAAAUAAAAGCAGCAAUAUUUUACUCUAUAGUUUCUACUCAGAAAGGAUUGCAGGGGAUUGAGCUUGGUAAUUAUUUGAUAAAAAAAGUAGCUAGCGAAAUCACAACUGAAUUUCCAGCUGUACAACAAUUGUCGAGCUUAUCGCCGAUACCAAAUUUUAAGACUUGGCUAUUUGAUAAACUAAAACAAGACAUGGCAUUUAUAUUUACCACGCAAGAAUAUGAAAUUGCAAAAGAUAUUUUACAAACAGAAAACGUGAUAUCAACCUUAAAAAAGAUCCUGGGCACUUCGUUAUGGACAGGAGACAAGCAACUGUCAGAAUUUUUAAAAGAACCGCUUCUUCGAGCAUGCGCUUGGUACUUGUAUAAAGAAAAGAGACGCGGCUAUGCUUUAAAUGCAGUCGCUAAUUUCCAUUUACGCAACGGAGCUGUGAUGUGGCGAAUAAAUUGGAUGGCUGAUCCUUCGCCACGCGGAGUGGCAAAUAGUUGCGGCAUAAUGGUCAACUAUAGAUAUUUCUUACAAGAUUCUGAGAAAAACAGUCGGAAUUACAUUCAACAUUUUGUCAUAAAUGCUACAGAAGAUGUAAUUAAUCUCGCGACGCAAGUGGAAAAAUUAAGAAAUGUGUGUGCAUGAAAUGUAAUUAUAAUAUAAAUUAUAACAUAAUUAUGAAGGCAUGGAGAAGAGAAAAUAAUAUCAUAACUACGAGUGAAAGAAUGUUAUUACGGCUAACGUAAUGAUGACGAUCGCGAUAAUGAAUUGUAAUCGAUAGCGAGGCAAAGGUAUAUAAUUUAUUGAUUAAAAAAAAUUCUCUUUAUUACUCUUCAAAUUUUAUGUUUUUAUUAAAGAUUAUUAAAUUUGUUCAUUUAUACAAUAGCUGAUUCGCUUCCAGCUUAAAGACAGCACAAUGGUCUGCAGACAGGUCUAGAACAGAUAAUACAAUCUCUAUUAUAAUUCAAAGAUUAUCUCUCUAUUGCUUCUUUUUUUUCUUUUCUUUUUUUUUUUUGCAGAAAAGAUUGCAUUCACAGAAAAGUAUCAUUCUCAAAGAGAUAACAAUCGGAAAGUGCAGUUAUAUUAUGAAACGAUAUUGAAAGCACCGAACUUCUUUUCCGAAAUUAACUUUUCAUUGAUACUUGAAUCGAGUACGUUAUUAUGUGAGCGUCAUGUGUAAUAUGUAAAAGAAAAAAGGAAAUAAAAUUGAGUACACACACCUGUA